GCGCAGCCGCAGAAUGAGCCGCCCGCUCCGGCUUACUCCGUCCAGCUCUGUUUCUGCAGCGGGGGCCAAGCUGGCCUUGUCCUUGUGCGCUUAACCCUGGCGAGUGGGGUCGGCUCCGCCCCCCCCCCCCCCGCGCCGGGUGUCAGUCCUUCCCUGAGCCGCUGCCGUCAUGCUGCUGCCCGUGUUCACCCUGAAACUGCGCCACAAAAUCAGCCCUCGUAUGGUGGCCAUAGGGCGCUACGACGGGACCCACCCGUGCCUGGCGGCCGCCACCCAAGCGGGCAAGGUUUUUAUUCACAAUCCUCAUACACGGGGCCAGUAUUUCAGAGCGUCCAGAGUCUCCCAGAGCCCGCUGGAAUCUGAUGUUUCUCUUCUGAACAUUAACCAGGUGGUCAGCUGCCUAACCGCCGGAGUACUAAACCCCGAACUUGGCCGUGAUGUUCUUUUAGUAGGCACCCAGACUAACCUUUUGGCCUAUGAUGUCUACAAUAAUUCAGAUUUGUUCUACAGAGAGGCAACAGAUGGGGCAAAUGCCAUUGUGCUGGGGACGCUGGGAGAUGUGGCCUCUCCUCUUGCAAUUAUUGGUGGAAAUUGUGUUCUACAGGGUUUUGAUCAUGAAGGAAAUGAUCUCUUUUGGACGGUUACUGGAGACAAUGUUCAUUCCUUGGCUUUGUGUGACUUUGAUGGUGAUGGGAAGAAAGAGCUCCUUGUUGGGUCUGAGGAUUUUGAUAUCCGAGUUUUUAAAGAAGAUGAGAUUAUAGCAGAAAUGACGGAAACAGAGAUAAUCACCUCUCUAUGCCCCAUGUAUGGCAGCCGAUUUGGGUAUGCCCUUUCCAAUGGCACAGUUGGAGUUUAUGACAAAAUGGCCCGAUCCUGGAGAAUUAAAUCCAAAAAUCAUGCCAUGAGUAUUCAUGCUUUUGACCUUAAUUCUGAUGGAGUAUGUGAACUGAUAACUGGCUGGUCGAAUGGGAAGGUUGAUGCUCGAAGUGACCGGACAGGGGAGGUCAUCUUUAAAGACAACUUUGCUUCAGCAAUUGCUGGUGUGGUGGAAGGAGAUUACCGAAUGGAUGGCCACGUACAGCUCAUCUGCUGCUCGGUGGAUGGGGAAAUCCGAGGUUACCUGCCAGGCACAGCCGAGAUGAGGGGAAGCCUCAUGGACACUAGCAUGGAGCAGGACCUGAUCCGAGAGCUGAGUCAGAAGAAGCAGAAUCUGUUGCUGGAACUCCGUAACUAUGAGGAAAAUGCCAGGGCUGAACUGAGCAGUCCACAGAAUGAGGCUGACGGGCAGAGGGAUGUCAUACCGGCCAACACCAGGCUCCACACUAUCCUCUCCGUCAACCUGGGCAGCGAGACUCAAGCUGCACACACAGAGUUGUGCGUUUCCACUUCAAAUGAUACCAUCAUCCGAGCAGUGUUGAUUUUUGCAGAGGGAAUUUUUGUAGGGGAAAGCCACGUGGUACAUCCCAGCGUCCACAACCUCUCCAGCUCUGUCUGUGUCCCAAUUAUACCACCCAAGGAUGUCCCUGUCGAUCUGCACUUGAAAGCCUUUGUGGGUUACAGAAGCAGCACCCAGUUCCAUGUAUUCGAGUUGACAAGACAGCUGCCCCGAUUCUCCAUGUAUGCACUGACCAGCCCAGACUCUGCCAGCGAGCCACUCAGUUAUGUUAACUUUAUCAUUACAGAACGGGCACAGAGGAUCGCUCUAUGGCUCAACCAGAACUUUCUGUUACCAGAAGACACUAAUAUUCAGAAUGCUCCAUUUCAAGCGUGUUUCACGUCUUUACGGAAUGGUGGUCACCUCUGCAUAAAAAUAAAAUCUAGUGGAGAGAUUACUUUAAAUACUGAUGAUAUUGAUUUGGCUGGUGAUAUCAUCCAGUCAAUGGCAUCAUUUUUUGCUAUUGAAGACCUUCAAGUAGAAGCAGAUUUUCCUAUCUACUUUGAGGAGUUACGAAAGGUGCUAAUUAAGGUGGAUGAAUAUCACUCAGUGCAUCAGAAGCUCAGUGCUGACAUGGCUGAUGAUUCUAACCUGAUCCGAAGUUUGCUGGUCCAAGCUGAGGAUGCUCGUCUGAUGAGGGACAUGAAAACGAUGAAGAAUCGCUACAUGGAACUCUAUGAUCUUAAUAAAAACCUGCUAAAUGGGUAUAAAAUUCGGUGUAGCAAUCAUACAGAGCUAUUAGGAAACCUUAAAGCAGUAAAUCAAGCGAUUCAGAGGGCAGGUCAUCUGCGUGUUGGGAAACCAAAGAACCAGGUGAUAACUGCUUGUCGGGAUGCCAUUCGAAGCAACAACAUCAACACACUAUUCAGAAUUAUGAGGGUGGGGACAGCUCCUUCAUAGAAGAGUAAAUAAGAAAUCAAGUUCCUGGAAAAUCUAGGCUCUUUUGCUCUGAAUAAUGUCCUGGUGAACCCAGAGUGCUCAAAACAACAAAACCUGGCAAACUGCACAAAUUAAAGAUAAAGCAUUACAUCUGAAAAAUGAAACCACUUUCUGUUUUUUUAUUUAUAUAUGUAAAUGUAUAAAUAUCUUUUUCCUUGAAAUUGUAACUGAAUUAAUAAUUUUCAAAUAGGCUAUCUUUUUCAUUAAAAUUAAAAGGUACUUUGUUAUUGACUGAUUGUAAAAGCACUAUUACAGCAGAAUUGAAUAAACCAUUUGUAUUUUGUAAAGAAAAA